AUGGCGAGGAACGUUCAGCGACUGGAGAUAGGAAAGAAAGAAAAUGAAGACAGUGGCCUCGCCUUUGCGGGUCUCGGAACAGACCAGAUGCAACGCGAUGGAUUACUGUGCAGAGAGUGGGGAGGUGGAUUGAGGCCGACUUUCCUCAUUUCCUUGAGGCUGGGAGCGAGUCGGUACAGUAGCCUCCUGCCAGCCAGCCGGACCUUCCUCGCACGCCGCGCGGGCCGCACCGCGCGAGCGGCUGUUCGCCGCGCGUCACCACAUGCUACGGUGCUCGGUCCUCAGUGUGCGGACUGUCUCCCGUGCGGAUGUGGACAACAUCGGGAAACCGUGGUUUGUUCUGAUGUCAUUGUGUUGACGCCGCGAUUUGGGGUUUCCUCAAGGUUCAAUGCGAUGGCAGUGCUGGCGCGAGGUUCGAAGUAUGGGUUAUCGCAAUGCAAAUCCAGUGAUAAAACAUUGUGCUACGUCAAGUUGACCGACUCUGCUUUGAAGGCCAUCGAAGAGUUCUCACGCCAACGGGCUUGCUUCGGAGGCGACAAAGAUGCUCAAAUACAGUUCUCGAAGAACGAAGGGUAUUCCGUCGCGAGGGAUCUCCUGAUAUUUUUGGGUAUCGAACUUGGUCAAAGGCGAAAUGGUGUUGCGGACGUCUCCUGA